AGGGCUGACGGUGUAGUAAGCGAGUGCUCGAGACAGGAAGCUCUAGUGAGCGCUGAAUGCUAACAAGGGGGGAGAGAGUACAUAUGUCCACGGCGAGCGGAAAGGUGGGGGGUUCAACGGCGAGAUAUGAAGAAAUACAAUUAACCUGCAAUGUGCCAACGUCAAAUCCACGCCGAUCAUAACCAUCCUCACCACCGAUAUCGUCCUCACCUCCACCGAACGCGCGACCACCCUCGUCCUUUUCCUCUCGAGUGAAAUGUAUCGGGACUGUACGGGAUCCUUUUUCUGACAAUGGAGAUUGAGAAUAUCGUGGCCAACACCGUGCUGCUAAAGGCGAGGGAAGGAGGAGGUGGGAAGCGGAAUGGACGGAGCAAGAAAUGGAAGGAGAUGCUGAAACUGCCACAUAUCAGUCAGUGUGAGGAGCUGAGACGCACCAUUGAGAGAGAUUACACCAGCCUUUGUGAGAAGCAACCAAUUGGUCGUCAGUUGUUUCGUCAGUACUGCGACACUCAGCCUAAGUUACGACGGUGCAUCGAGUUCCUGGAUUCUGUGGCGAUGUAUCAGGUGGCUCCGGAUGAGAAGAGAAGAGACUUCGGUUUAAAUAUUUUAGACACAUAUUUUAAUAACGGGUCAGCAGCUCAUCUACCAGACAUUUCUCAGGACGUGGUGGGGGAAUGCAGGCAAAAACUGGAGCAGACUCCAUGUAAAGAGCUCUUCCAGGAGUUUACUAGGAUAGUUCGUGAAUAUUUAGGUGGAGCUCCUUUCUCGGCAUAUCAGGAGACGAUGUACUUCUCGCGUUUUCUUCAGUGGAAAUGGUUAGAGAGGCAACCAGUAACCAAAAACACAUUUAGACACUACAGGGUGUUGGGAAAGGGCGGAUUUGGUGAGGUUUGUGCCUGCCAGGUUCGUGCCACUGGUAAGAUGUACGCCUGUAAAAAGCUGGAGAAGAAGCGAGUGAAGAAAAGAAAAGGUGAAGCAAUGGCAUUAAAUGAAAAACGCAUUUUAGAAAAAGUUAACAGUAGUUUUGUAGUCAGUUUGGCAUAUGCAUAUGAGACCAAGGACGCUCUUUGUUUAGUGUUGACUAUAAUGAAUGGCGGCGACCUCAAGUUUCAUAUCUAUAACAUGGGGAACUCUGGCUUCGAUGAACAGCGUGCCAUCUUCUACGCUGCAGAGCUCUGCUGUGGCUUAGAGGAUCUGCAUCGGGAACGGAUCGUCUACAGAGACCUCAAACCUGAGAAUAUUCUUCUAGAUGACCGUGGGCACAUUCGUAUUUCUGAUCUGGGAUUGGCUGUCCAGAUUCCAGAGGGCGAAACGAUACGAGGGCGCGUCGGGACGGUGGGAUAUAUGGCACCAGAGGUCAUUCAGAAUGAGAGCUACACCUUCAGUCCAGACUGGUGGGGUUUGGGUUGCCUGAUAUACGAGAUGAUCCAAGGCCAGUCGCCGUUCCGGCGCCGCAAAGAACGCGUGAAAAGAGAUGAAGUGGACCGACGUGUGUGCGAGGACCAAGAGGAAUAUUCAGAGAAGUUCUCUGAAGACGCUAAAGAAAUCUGCCGACAGUUGUUAUGUAAAGAUCCAAAGGAGCGUUUGGGGUGUCGAGGUAGCGGAGCGGUCGAAGUAAAGCAGAAUCCCAUUUUCCAAAAUAUCAACUUCAAGCGACUGGAGGCCAACAUGCAGGACCCGCCCUUUUGUCCCGAUCCACGUGCAGUGUACUGCAAGGAUGUUUUAGAUAUCGAGCAGUUUUCAACAGUUAAAGGCGUAAACCUGGACCCUACGGAUGAUGACUUUUACCACAAGUUUGUAACAGGAAGUGUCUCCAUCCCCUGGCAGAAUGAGAUGAUCGAAAUGGAGUGCUUUAAGGAGAUCAAUGUUUUCGAGAUGGACGGCGUGCUGUGUUCUGAUCUGGAUGUGAACCGACCAAAUCCGGCCCCCAAGCGAGGAUUCUUCUAUCGUCUAUUUCGACGAGAGGCAAGUGCUAGCGCGCCGCCCGUCGUGGUCAGAGGGGGUGGUGCUUGAGGUUUGCUUCAAGAGUGCCAACAGUGUGGAAGGGGAGGAGCCAUCUUGACUUUAAACCACUCCCACUUUUCGACAGCUGCCAAUCGGAAAGCUAAAACAUAUGAAUGUUCAACUGUAUUUAUGAACUGUAUUAAACUGUAUAAUAAUUAAAGGGUAUGAGUUUAAAGAAUUUUGUACAUUUGUACUUGAAUUAUGUGUAGAUGUAUAUUUUCACAAAAGGUUGUAUUGUACAAAAAGCCAUAGAAAUACCACUUGAAUGCAUAUAUUAUAUAUAUAUAUAAAUAAUGUUUUUAUUUUUAUUUUCAUCCGUAUUGAAUCUGAAAUGUGUAUUUGUUUUUAAGCACAAUAUCAACAUUCUCUUUUGUUUUUAAUGCUAGCGUCCUGUUAGCACCACGUUUCGACGUAUGUUUUUGGAUGGAUAGAUUUGGUGGAACCCAGUAACUAAAAAACAAAUUAUUCAUUACAUUAUUAUUACUAGUGGUCAACCAGUUUUGAUAUUUAGAAGGCAAAUUUCUCAAUAUAAGCCUAUAUAAAUGUUUCAACUUGAUCUCAUUGAAAAACGUAGCUAUUGGUGGCAAUUUUGUAUGAAUUCGUACAGCAUUAAUUGUAUAAAUAUAAACAAAGCAAGAAAGAAUCCACAUCUCCAGUCACUGGAGGAAAAGCAUAUCUUACUAAAGCCCGGAGUAUAGUUUGUUUUAUACAUAAACCCGCGGUUGAAUGCACAAAGUAUAGUUUAUUUCACAUGUAAAAAAAUGCAUUCUUCUGAUGCCGAAAAUAGCGGCACGCGCACUGUACGCAGAUCCUCGUGUACGCGUAAAAAAUGGACCUCGGCCCUAAGCUUACAAACGUGAUCGUACAGAUUUAUACAAAUUGGCCACCUUAAAAUAGUUACGAAUGGCUAUAUUGGGUUGUAAGCAUUUUUAUUGCCAGACGUUUUGUGUUUUUACACAAUUUUUAUUCAAAAUGUACAAAACGUUUAAAACUGAUAGUGUAUUAUCUGUUGACAAGGCUGUUGGUAUUAAAGGAGAACCUAAUGCUAAUUGGUCAAGCAGGAAAAUUUGGUGACAGUCGUCUCAAUGUCAGGCAACUGUCGGUUAUCAAUUUGAUUAUUUUUAAAUGAAUUAAUUUACAGUAGGAGUUGCCAAUAAAUCCUGACCUGACAUCUGCCCAAAUCUUUUUUUCCUCUGUCGUCAUGGUUACCUGUAGUGCCAUCAGAAAGCUUUACAGUGGUUUUAACCAUACCCAAAUUUGCUUAAUUUUUACAUUUGCUGACAGGACAACUCAAAUGUGCGGCUGAUGUUGCCUUGGGUAUCAUAUUUACAAUUGAUGUUUCAAAUGGAGUGCGAAUGUACUCGUUUGGAAGAUUAAAGCGCACGCACGCGCUAUAUAGACUUUUUUUUGUUUCUUAUCUUAAGCCUCAGGCCAUGAGAGACAUUCGGUGUCUGAUAAUCAUAUAAUAACAUAUAACUGUGCAAUCUGUUUAUCACACACGACACGUGCACAUAAACAUCACGGCUUUUUCAUUAUAUGUCGUUUUUGUUUAUUAUUGUUUUAGUUUUUUUACUUUUGUAUGCAUUUGUAUUGUAUGGCAUUGUUGUAAUCUCAAUGAAGUUAAUGCUUCCAUUCAGAGUAAUAAGCUUUACCUCUACCGUCAUUCCGAAGUAAACAAGAAAACGGGACACAUCCUUACUUUUCUAGACUUAACACAAAUGCCUUUAUAAAUUGAAUAUUUUGUUUUGAUGCAAUUCUUUUGCAUCACUUUACAUCAGUAAAACUCAAAUAGGAAUAAUUGUGUGUAGUUCACUGACAUCCAUGUCUUUAUAAGGAUUCAUUACAAAGCUGUGAAAAUGUUUUCUUCAGUUAUUCCCAUAUGUGUGUGCAUGUUCUACUGUACCCAUGGUUUCACAAGAGGACAAGCACUCGCUUUAGUAAUCAUUUGUUUUGACAUAUGCCCAUUAAAAGUACUUCUGACAAAGUUUGUAAGGAUGUUUUUGUUUCAGUGUAUGGAAGAUUGGGAUUAGUUGUCACACUUUUUACCUUAGUGAAUGUUGAGGUGGGUAUGUUUCUUUUU